AUGAAUCAGAAGCGAAAUCUAAAAAGGCAUUUUGAUACCUGCCACGCUGAUGUUGCUUAUUCGCAUCCUUUGGGAAGUGCACUGCGCGCAGAAAAGUUACAACAACUGAAAGCUAAAUAUUCUCAACGCUGUGGGAAGGUAAAAAAUGAAGAUAUUGUGAGUACUAAUCCUCAUGAUUGUACUUUAGCGUCGUUUGAUAUUUCCUUCCAAAUUGCGAAAGCUAUGAAACCUUUCACAGGUGGUGAUUUCAUAAAAAAUAUCAUUAUUCAAGCAGCUACUAGGUGGUUUCCAGAUGAGGAUAACCGAAGAGAUUUUGUGAACAUUGUGCAAAACACGCAUUUUUCUCCUGCUACAGUCAAAAGAAGAGUGAAUGCUAUGGCAGAUAAUGUUCACGAAAAACUUAAUAUUGACCUCAAAAAAUGUGUUUGUUUUUCAAUUCAGUUAGACGAAUCGACAGAUAAGUCUGAUACUGCUCGGUUAGUUGUGAUGAUUCGCUUCCUACUUGAAAAUGGCAGUGUUCAGGAAGAGCUGCUAGAUCUCAUUCCAUUAACGGGGAAAACAACUGGAUUAGAUGUUUAUCUUUCGCUGAAAAAUUGA